AUGAUAAAGAACAGCAGCGAAGGCUUCAGUUGGACUCCGUCAACGGGCUUCGUCGAGGGUCUCCCAACGAUUGGAGUAGUUGACCCUCCCCAGCGCAUCAGGUCGAACCAGGAUGAUAUUUACGACGUUAUCAUCGUUGGAGCCGGAUAUGCUGGUCUCAUUGCCAGCCGGGAUCUCUCGACCCAAGGCAAGAAGACACUCCUGCUGGAGGGUCGAGACCGGCUCGGAGGUAGAACGUGGAACGCUUCGAUCGACGGGUUCAACUACGAAAUGGGAGGCACUUGGAUGCACUGGCAUAUGCCUCACAUCUACCGCGAAAUAUCCCUUUACGGCCUCGAAAAUGACUGGGUGGUGACCCAAAACCCGGGAUCCCGCCUCGAUUACUCGACUCUCUGCACCAACAAAGGUCAGCUUAAACUCUCGCAUGAGGAUGAGGCCGCAAUGUACUCGCGUGUUUUUGCCUUGUUCUGCAAUUCCGAUGGCGACUACUUGCGUCAUUCCUGGAAAUACGCCUUCGGCACCGAUCAGUCACCAGAACUGAUUGCUAAACUAGACAAGAUGUCCUGUCAGGAUCGCCUGGAUGAAAUCAGAGACGAACUUUCAACCAACGAAAUGACCAUGCUGGUUGCCAUCCUCCAGCAGAUGGGCGGCGCUGAGGUUGGCCAGAUAGGCUACGUUACCGUUCUUCUCUGGUGGGUUCUCGGAGGACAUACCGCUCUCGGGCUGAAUGACAUCGCCCUGCACACUCGCCUGGGUAGUGGCAAUAGCACCCUUCAUCGACGCAUUUUUGACCACGCCGUUUCGACGGGCCAGCUGUCAUAUAGCUUUUCCACGCCGGUCAUGAGUAUCCAAGAGGCAAAUGACAUCAUGACCGUUCGGUCACGACAAGGUCAAGCCUGGCGUGCCGCAGCCGUCAUCUGCACCGUGCCUCUGAACGUCUUGACGUCGAUUCAGUUUGAUCCGCCUCUGCCGCCGACCAAAGUUGAGGCAGCUCGCCAGGGCCAAGUGAACAAGUGUAACAAGAUCCAUUUUGAAGUCAAGGGGUCUGACUUGCUGUCAUGGACUUCGCUUGGCUCUCCAGGUAAAGGGUUCGUCUCUGCGUUCGGUGAUGGGCUCACUCCCGCCAACAAUACCCACGUGGUGGCCUUUGGGCCAGACCCCGAUGCGCGCAACGGCAUUCACCUUCGGAACAUUGACUCAGUUCAAAAGGCUCUGCGGCACUUGGCACCCCAGGAAGGCCGAGAGAUUGUUGUGGAGCGUAUUGUAAGUCUUGUUCAGCCCUUUCUGACCUUGACCUGGCUGGGCUUGGUUCCAGUUGGCAAGUCCUUGACUGAUUGGUUACUUCAGGUCAGCCAUGAUUGGAACGCGGAUGAGUUCGCUCGGGGGGCGUGGUGUAUGCCACCGCCAGACUUUGUUACGAAAUAUCUCAAAGCCUUGCAGUUGCCGCAUGGAAACGUCUGGUUUGCUAAUGCUGACUGGUCUGACGGCUGGCGUGGCUGGAUCGACGGGGCGGUGCAGAUUGGUGCACAAACCGCUCAUCAAGUUGUCCAGGCUCAGCAUAAGUUUAAGAAGAGACCCGAGGCGAAUGAGUCUUCUGGUAACCGCCAGCACAGGGGUGGGCUGCAAGCUUCCAAGCUCUAG